AUGGCCUCCACAAGGGACAAGCAAAAUGCAAGGUUGGGGAACGAGGUCAGAGGGGCCCAGCAUGCUAGCCAAAAAAGCGAACCCUUCGUCUCGAAGUAUGCCCUCAAGCGACACAAGAACAAAUGCACUGCCGUCAGAAAGCAGACUGCCGGUAUCCUCGAACGCGCGAAGAAGUACUGGGACCAGAAGGUCGCAGAGAUGCGCACGAAUCUAUCAGCAAAUUCUACAGAGUUCACCGACCCUACCCAGGCCCACACCUCGUCGGUCAGUGGGGAAGCCACAGCUCCAAUCAUCGACGAACCUGAGCCACCCUUGCAACCCUCUCGGAGACGCCUCUAUGCCAACGGGCCUAACUUCACCACCGCUCCCGACGAGUUUGGAUUGAAGAAGCGGUUCUUAUACUCAGAGCCCCCCACACACGAUCCGGACGCCCAUGCUACCCUCAUGGAUCGAUAUGACGCCAACAAUUUUGCUCAAGUACUCACGACCGAGGGCGACGAGACUGACGACGCUCCCAGAUCCAGUCAACCGUUUGGCCCUUACCCUAACGAGUCCUCCUUCAACAUUGGUGAUUGGUAUUGGAGCCAGAACACUGAGAAGUCGGAGAAGGAUUUCAAAGACUUGGUCAGCCGCCUCACCAGCACCACGUUCCUCGCUGGCGAUCUCAACAAUGUCAAGUGGAAGAAAGUGAAUACCCAACUCGGUUCCAACAAGGAGGAAGUACCUGAUGGAGAAGGGGACUGGAUCGAUGACGACGGAUGGCGAACAUCAUCCAUCGAAAUACAGGUGCCCUUCAACAGCCACGCCAGGGAACCAGGCAUCGAAACCUUCAAAGUCGGGACUUUGCACCAUCGGAGCAUCGUUGAAGCGCUGAAGGAGAAGCUAGCGAACAAGGACAGCGACCGGCUCUUUCACUACGAACCCUUCGAACUGCUCUGGCAGCCCCACCCUGAACUACCGGAAACACGAGUCUUCAGCGACGUCUACAACUCUGACGCCUUCCUCAAAGCCCACCGAGAGAUCCAAGACCCCACAAAGAAUCCUGACUGCUCCUUGGAGCGGGUCGUCGUGGGGCUCAUGUUCUGGUCUGAUCAAACGCACUGUACGGCUUUCGGAACGUCCAAGGUUUGGCCGCUCUAUAUGGGCUUUGGCAAUGAAUCCAAGUAUCGGCGUUCACAGCCAACCUCCAACCUAUGCGAACACGUUGCAUACUUCGAAUCAUGGUCUUUAAUUUUGGACGAUGAAUUGGUCGAUGCAAUCGAGAACGGGGUCGUCAUCACGUGUUGCGACGGAAUCAGGCGCCGAUUUUACAUUCGGAUUUUCACCUACUCGGCCGAUUACCCUGAAAAGAUUCUCAUUGCGUCAAUUCGAAGAGGUCAUUGUCCCUGUCCUCGCUGCUUAACACCCCUCAAGAACUUCCACGAGAUGGGAACAGUCGAGGACAAGACUUUCCGUCGAUCCAACCCACGGAGAUUUGAUGAGAGGGCCUAUGCGGGUAUUGUGGAAGCAAGGAAGGCUAUUUAUGAGAAGGGUGUCUCAGCGUAUGGCGAUAAAAUGCAUCGCGAUAUCAUGGGGGAGUUCCAUGGUCUAGCUCCCACCAAGAAUGCAUUCAUCAGUAAACUGCAUCGUUCUGGAUUCGACAUUGGUUCGGCGUUAGUGGUCGACCUCCUCCACGAGUUCGAGAUUGGGGUUUGGAAGCAACUUUUCAACCAUCUGAUUCGCCUGUUGGAUUCCCUUGGACAAGGAUCGAUGUACGUCCACGAACUCGACCGCCGGAGAGCAGCCCGAGAUUUCGAGGACGUUCUUCAGUGGCACGCCCUUGCUAAGUUGCGGAUGCACACCGAGGUCACAGUAUCCAUGCUUGAAGAAACAACGACAGCACUUGGUAACCAGUUCCGUGUCUUUAUGAAUGAGGUUUGCUCCAAAGUCCGGACCUACGAGCUUCCUCACGAGACGGAAGCACGCCUCAAACGUCUGAAGAAAAGAGUUGCCAAGGAAGUCGAGGACAAGGACGACGUUGACGCCCUGGAUCUACCGACAUCAACACCCUACGCGGGCACGCCCACGGGCCCACCGUCCCCAACUCUCUCGCCCCACGACGCUGACAGUCACCUCCCAGCAAUUAUAGUAACACCCCCCCAAGAUCCAUCCAUGGACAUUGAUCCCACACCACCGAUUCCGCUCCAGAAUACCAAUGUCGCUCCAUCUCCUCCUGAAGAACAGCCGCAAAGAACAGGCGGAAAACGCAGGGCCGCCGACCAUGGAGGCCCUGUCACUGCGAAGAAGGCUCGUACCAGUUUCGAGCCUCGAGUCACUCGAUCGAUGACGCGAGCCCAGUCCCAGAACAUCGGUGCCGUGACGAACACCACGACCACCUCAACCGAUACCCCCAUCACCUCCAAUGUAAACACCUCCGCCCCCGCUUCAUCGUCCAACAAGGUUACCGACGAUAGAAAUGAGGGAGGAUCCACUUCAACAAGCAAAAACGCGAGUACAACGAGAGGUCAGGGCAAGACCGCGUUGAAGAAGGCCGGUAACAAUAGAGCAGCGGGAAGCGAAAAGAGGACAGGAAAGGGGAAGGGGAAGGAGGUUGAACGCGUGGAAGGAGUGGUGGAGGCUGGGAAGGGUGUGGGGAAAGGUCGAAAGGGGUCCAAAGCGAUUGGAAUCGAUGCCGGGAACGUGCUCACCGAUCCCGGAAACGAAGAGGGAUUCCAGACUGAGGGCGAACUCCUCCAUCGAUCACCCAAAGCAUGGUAUCGUCGAACCAACAAGCGUCGUAACGGCGCGUAUCGCCAUGAUCCAGUUUGCAAUAACUUCAUAUUCAAGCUCAAGACGUUCUUGCGUGACCGGAUCAGCGAGACUCUCCCCGCCUACCUCUCAGCCUUGUUCCCGAACGACAGCCUUCCCCCCGGAGCUCUUCGCCCGCUCGAAUGGUUUCAAGUCCCCGUGUCAGAUAAUCGAAUCUAUUCGCACAAGCUGCUCCGCGUCAAAUAUACCACCUACGACGCCAGAAUAGACGAGGAUCUCAUCCACCUCGGAACGGACAACCACAACAUUAUGGUCCACAACCCGGAUUAUCAGCACGGAUCUGGCGGUCAUCCUUAUCGGUACGGGAAGGUCAUUGGAAUCUACCACGCCAAUUUCGACCUUAGAUCGCUCGUGGACCCAAGCAUCGCACACCUGGUAUCCGACAAACCUCCCUUAACCACCGAAUUCCUCUGGGUGCGGUGGUAUAGGCACCUUCCUCCGCAGACCUCUUUCCACAUGGACCGUCUCGAAUUUGAAGAACUCACAGAACCUGAUUCAACCACCUUCAUCUGUCCGAGCAACGUCAUUCGCGCUUGUCACAUAAUCCCCAGGUUUACGAUUGGCCCAAAGUAUCCCGCUGGUCAUGGCGGUACCUCGAAGUUUGCAGGAGAUGAGGACGAUUGGAAUUCGUACUACGUCAACCGAUUCGCUGAUCGAGACAUGUUCAUGAGGUAUUGGUGGGGACACGCCGUUGGACACCGAUAUGCUAGAUUGGACCCGACGACCAUUGCCUUGGAGAACGAAAGGAUCAAAUCCAUAGCUCCAAAGGAAGUCGUCGCUAUGGACAAGGCAAUGGUCCGGGACGAAGACGACGACGAUGAUGUCGCGUCCGUAGCGAGCUCUACCGCUGACGACGCGUACAUGGCUAUCGACGAAUUGGACGAGCUUGCAUCCUAUGGACUUCGAGACUAG